GUUUCUUGAUGUCUGCGGAGUUCUGAGAUUGACCCUGCUGCAGCACUUGCAACCAGCGCCUGAGAUUACAAAAGCGUGUGUGUGGAAGAACCUCUCUCUGAAGGAAGCUGCCCUCUGAGUUUUGUGGAAAUUUCGUCCAAGCCUUGGGAGGCAGGAGGGCAAAUCUUGCUUCUGUUGGCACUGGUGCGUAAUCUCGUCUUCUUAUGCACUCCAGCACCCCUAUCAGCUCCUUGUUCUCCUUCACCAGCCCUGCAGUGAAAAGGCUGCUGGGCUGGAAACAAGGAGAUGAAGAGGAGAAGUGGGCAGAAAAGGCUGUCGAUUCCUUGGUGAAGAAACUGAAGAAGAAAAAAGGUGCCAUGGAAGAACUGGAACGGGCUCUGAGCUGCCCUGGCCAGCCCAGCAAAUGUGUCACGAUCCCACGGUCCUUGGACGGCCGGCUGCAAGUGUCUCACCGCAAGGGGCUCCCACACGUCAUCUACUGCCGAGUGUGGCGCUGGCCUGAUUUGCAGUCUCAUCAUGAACUGAAACCCCUGGAAUGUUGCGAGUUCCCAUUUGGCUCCAAGCAGAAAGAAGUGUGCAUUAACCCCUACCACUACCGGCGAGUGGAAACCCCAGUGCUACCUCCUGUACUAGUUCCAAGGCACAGUGAGUUUAACCCUCACCUCAGCCUGCUGGCCAAGUUCAGAAACACUUCCCUGCACAGCGAGCCGCUGAUGCCGCACAAUGCCACCUACCCCGACUCCUUCCAGCACCCUCCGUGUACUCCUUUCCCAUCCUCACCCAGCCACAUGUUCUCCCAGUCACCCAACAGCAUCAGCUAUCCCAAUUCACCGGGAAGCUCCUCUGGACCAGGAAGCCCAUAUCAGCUCACAGACUUUCGUCCUGUUUGCUAUGAGGAACCCCAGCACUGGUGUUCGGUUGCCUACUAUGAACUCAACAAUCGGGUAGGGGAGACUUUCCAGGCUUCCUCUCGAAGUAUCCUUAUAGAYGGAUUUACAGAUCCCUCAAAUAACAGAAACAGGUUCUGCCUAGGACUGCUCUCAAACGUAAACCGCAACUCUACUAUAGAAAACACCAGGAGACACAUAGGAAAAGGUGUUCAUCUUUACUAUGUUGGUGGAGAGGUUUAUGCGGAAUGUGUGAGUGACAGCAGCAUUUUUGUGCAGAGCCGCAACUGUAACUAUCAGCAUGGUUUCCACCCUGCCACUGUCUGCAAGAUCCCCAGUGGCUGCAGCCUCAAGAUCUUCAAUAACCAGCUCUUUGCCCAGCUGCUUGCCCAGUCAGUCAAUCACGGCUUUGAAGUGGUGUAUGAGCUCACCAAGAUGUGUACUAUUCGAAUGAGUUUUGUUAAAGGCUGGGGAGCAGAGUAUCAUCGCCAGGAUGUUACAAGCACGCCCUGCUGGAUUGAGAUCCAUCUGCAUGGACCAUUGCAAUGGCUGGACAAGGUGCUGACACAGAUGGGCUCCCCUCAUAACCCCAUCUCCUCCGUCUCUUAAGAGUCAUCUCUCGAACUACCUUAGGACRGAUGCUAUUGCAGGCAGUGGCUUACAGAAUUUCCAGUGAAACAGAAGCUUCUGUAUGUAGAUGUAAAUAUAUCUAUACAUAGUCUACUCUCCUAUUUUUUUUUUCAUGCUAUGUUUUGUGGUUUCUAGCUAUUCUGAUGCCAGUACAGUAAGUUUAGAGAUUCGGGUAUAGCAUAUCUCUUCUCUAGUGCAAAAUAAGCCAAAUUCCUGCAAAAGUGUCGAACAUUUCCUAUGAGCAUCUUCACUUGUCAGCCAAGCCAGUAAAAGCUGAGAAUUCUCAGCCCUUCUGUACAGGUACUCAGAAACCUGGCUGUAGCUGUUCCUAGUAGGUGAAAUUCACCCCUCURCAGGCAACCAAAGCCAGAUCUCUGCACCAUAUAUCCACCUUACAUUCUGAUUUCAGGUCUAAAAGAGAACCUUAAGCGGUGCACAAGACUUACGGAUAGAGAUGACUUUUAUCCAGUGAACUGAAGGACUAAACAGCAAUUCCUGUCUGUCUACCUACUGCAAAGCAUAAUGAGACUACAGAUGCUCUGAGGAGCUGAGAUACCCUUGUUUCCCAUAGCAUUUGGCAGGAGAAGGGAGAGAGCCCUCAGGGCACAUUCAGCACUGGAGCACAUUCUGGCACAUUCUGGACAAAUUCAAGUAGUCU